UGUUGAAUCAUGUGAACACUUUAUGGGAUCUGAUAGUUUUACUGGUAAUUUUAUUUUUCAUCUUGCUACACAUCAAAUUACUGAAGAAAGUCAUAAUAGAAAAAUAAAUGAUAUUCAAAAUAAGAGUCAGUUAUCACAACUUCAUAAUCAACUAAUUAGUUUAGGUAAUGAUGAAGAAUUUAUUGAGUUUGUGCAUGAAUUAGAUCCAAAUUAUCAAUUUCUAAGUGAUAAAACUAUACUACAACUAUUAGCUGAAUCAUAUAAUCAAAUCAAAAAU